AUGAAUCCAUUAAAUAAAAUCAUAUUCCUUUCAGCAUUUUUAGCGUCAGGGUUUUUGCUAAUACUAUUAUCAUGUGCAUUGUAUAGUAACUGGAAGCCAUUAUGGGUUAUAGUAAUAUUUUUAAUUGCUCCAUUACCGAAUAUAAUAGCACUGACAAUUGAAAGUCGUAGAGACGACUUCUUGACCUUCAGUAAUGACCAUGGGAAUAACCCGACUACAUUAGAAGAAAUGUGCAAAUUUUUGACAGGGGUUUUGCUUGUAAGCGGGAUUUCGUUACCUUUAACAUUAUAUCAUACCCAUUUGAUACAAUUCGGAUCUAUGAUAAUGAGUAUAAUUGGAGGGUUAAUAGUGUACGUGGACAUAAUCAUAUUCAUAUGGUUUUUUAGUGAAGAAGAGGAAGAUCACGAAGACUUCAAUUUCUAG